AUGCGCCAGGGAACCAAAUUGGUGGCAAUCACUCAGCAUCGCUCAACUGUGGGAAGAAGAGCCCACCUGGAUGUUGAAACACCAUGGAGCAGUAACUGCAUACAACAAACAUUGAAAAAAGUAACGUUCGCAAGACCGAAACCCGAAGUCAUCGUCCUCUGGGGACCUCCCGGAACUGGCAAAUCACACACAGCACGCGCUGUCUCAGACGACUAUUACGUCAAACCAGCAGGUCCCUGGUGGGACGGCUAUUUCGGCCAAGAAUUAGUCAUCUUUGAUGACUUUUACGGAUCGGAAAAAUUUUGUGACAUGUUACGCUGGUUGUCCGAAAAUCCAAUUAAAGUACCCAUUAAAGGAUCCAUGACCGACUUGCUCGCAACAAAAUUUAUAAUCACCAGCAACGUAGAACCAGAAAGAUGGUAUCCACAUGUAGAAAAUAAGGACGCCCUAAUGCGAAGAAUCACGGACAUCAUAUACAUGAAUGAAGUUUACUGUCCUAAGUAG